AUGACCCAGCUCUCCGACUAUCGACUCCUCUGCUUCGAUGUCUAUGGGACCCUAAUCGACUGGGAGGGUGGCAUCCUUGCCGCUUUACAACCACUCCUCAUCGAUGCACAAGUCCCCCGCGAGAAGCUUCUGACCGAGUUCCACGAGCUAGAAGCCGGGCAGCAACAGCUAACGCCCGAUAUGCCAUACUCGCAGCUCCUCGCCACCGUCCACCCUCUGCUCGCUGCGCGCCUGGGUCUCCCCAUGCCCAGCCAGGAAGCCAGCGCAGCAUUCGGAGAAUCCGUCGGGAACUGGCCCGCCUUCCCAGAUACAGUGGCAGCCCUGAAGAAGCUAUCACAGCAUUACAAGCUCGUCGUGCUCUCGAACGUGGACCGGGCUUCGUUUGCCAAGUCCAAUGCUGGCAGCUUGGAAGGGUUUCCCUUCGACAAGAUCAUCACUGCGCAGGAUAUCGGCUCAUAUAAACCUGAUGCGCGGAACUUCGAGUAUAUGAAGACGGCCGUGCAGGCUGAGUUUGGGGUGAGCUCGGACCAGAUCUUGCAGACGGCACAGAGUCAGUUUCAUGACCAUCAGCCGGCGCGGAGGGCGGGGAUUAAGUCUGUUUGGAUUGAGCGGCCUGGGGCUACGAUGGGGAAUCGGAAUGAUCCCAUUUUUGAUUGGCGCUUUGCAACGCUGGGUGAGAUGGCGGAUGUGUUAUAG